AUGGAAAAUUACGAAGAAAUUUUAAAAACUUAUUAAAGAGAUAUAAAUUGUAUAAUUGACGAUGUAAUUAAAAAAUAAAAAAUAACUAUUUUUCUUAUUAAUUCAUAAAAGGAUAGAAAUAUUAGAUUUAGGGGUUUGAAUAACAUUUUUAAAUAAGUAUUUUGUGUAAAUACUCCUAUCCAUGAUUUAAUUUAAUUUUUUCAAACAAAUUUAAUUAAAAAUCUACUUAGAGCUAUAGAUGAUUAAGUCGAAAAAAACCGAACUAAUGCUUUAAAUAUAAUUGAAAAAUAUAAAUAUAUAAAUAAUCUAAAAAUUAUCUUAAAGGAUAAAUACGUUACCUUACGCAGAGCAUAGUAAAUUUAAAAUAAUAAACUUUAAUUAACAAAACAAAACAAAAUAGGUGAAGAAAUACGCCUUUAAAUCGUUUUAAUAUUGACUGCUAUAUUAAAAUAGCGUGCUUUAGACUUUGUACCUAUUGUAGGGGAUUUUUCAGUAGCAGUAUCUAGAAUUUUGUUAGAUUAAUAUCCUGAAGUUAAAAAAUCGGCUGCCAUUUUAUUAGAUGAAUGUUCUAUUCAUUUAAAACAUUAUAUAGGGUUCCAUGGAUUAGGUAUAGUGAAAUCAUUAGCUAAAAAUCUAGAGCAUUAACAUUCUAAAGUAAGAAAAUAAACAAUCUAAGCUCUUACUAAAUUUUUGCUUUGUGAAGGGGCUGGAACAUUAUAUGAGCAUGUAAGCUCUUGUUAUAAAAAAAUGGUUAAUGAUAAAAUUAAUGACGUUAGAAAAUUAAGUUAUGAAUGUGUGGCUGAACUUUUAAAUGGAUUUUCUAUUAAAAAUUUAAGAACUUAUGAAUCUGAUUUAGUACUGUUAUUAUUAAAUAGUUUAAAUGAUGAAGUUUAGGCUUUAGUAGAAUAAGGACAAAAACUUUUGGAAGAAUGCGGGAUGAAAAGAAAACUUCUUGCUUUAGAAUUAAAUGAACUUAAUUGA